AUGGGCAUCGCUGAGUCCACGCUGGACGAGCUGCCGUCGGACGUGGCGGAGCAGCUGAGUAACGGCGAACAGCUCCUGGAGCUGAGCGGGAGGCGGCUGCGGCGCCUGCCCGCCUCGGUGUGCGCCCUGCUCGGCCUGCAGAGGCUCUACAUCAGCGGCACGGGCCUGCGCGAGCUGCCCGACGAGAUCGAGGAGCUGCGCGAGCUGCGCAUCCUGGCGCUGGACUUCAACAAGCUGGAGCACGUGCCCGAGGCACUGUGCCGCCUGCCGCGCCUCAGCCGCCUCUACCUGGGCAGCAACCGGCUGCUCGGGCUGCCCGCGGACUUCGCACAGCUGCAGAGCCUGCGCUGUCUGUGGCUCGAGGGCAACUACGUACGACGCUUCCCGCGCGCUCUGCUCCGCAUGCCGGCGCUGCAGUCCCUGCAACUGGGCGACAACCGGCUGCGCGGCCUGCCCGCCGAGCUGCCCAGCAUGGUGGGCCUGCGCGGCCUCUGGCUCUACGGCAACCGCCUCGAGGUGUUCCCCAACGUGCUGCUGCGAAUGGGCCGCCUGCGCAUCCUCGACGUGGACCGCAACCAGCUGGGCGGCUUCCCCGACCUGCGGCCGCUUCGCGGACUGCGCGUCUUCUCCUACGACCACAACCCCGUCACGGGGCCCCCGCGGGUCCUCGACACAGUCUUCCUAGUGGGCGAGGGCGCCGUCGAGCGCAUGGCCGAGCGCGACGAGCCGCCGCCUGUGCCCCGGCCGCCGCGCCCUCGUCCGGCCCCGGCCCAGAUGCCCGGUCCGCCGCCGGCGGUGCGUUCGGAGAAGGAGGGGGAGGAGGAGGAAGAGCCGGAGCGCGUGCGGGACUUGGAGGAAGAGGAGGAGGAGGAGGAGGAAGAGGAGGAGGAGGAGCUGGAGGAGGAGGAGGAAGAGAUUGCGCUCUGUGCAGGGCGCAAGCCCCCGGGCCUAGGGAUCCCCAGCAAAGGCGAGCCCACUUGA